AACUAAGGGCUUGUUGUAGAUUGCAACUGACACAUCUUGUCCUCUUUUUUUCAGGGGUGGAUACCCCUCUAGAGGAGUGGAACGCCCAAGUGGUGCACUAUUUUCAACUGAGGGUUUAUUAUAGAUUGCAGUUGGUGCAUCUUGUCCUGUUUUUUUAGAGGUGGAUACCCCUCCUGAGGGUUGGGUCACCCAAGUGGUGUACUAUCUUCAACUGAAGGCUUAUUAUAGAUUGAACUGGCAUAGCUUGUCCUGGUUUUUGUAGAGGUGGAUACCCCUCUUGAAGAGUAGAAUGCCUUUGUGCACUGUCUUCAGCUGAAUGCUUAUUAUAGGUUGAAACUGGUGCAGCUUGUCCUAGUUUUGUAUAGGUGGAUACCUUUCUGGAUGAGCAGAAUGCCUUUGUGCACUAUCUGAAACUGGUGCAGCUUGUUUUGGGUUCUGUGGAGGUAAAUUGAUUGAGACUGAAACAUUGAUAAAUGGAGGAUUUUGUGACUGCUGUUGCUGAGAAUUGUCAGAACUUUGAUCACUUGGUUGAGAAUGAUUAUCAACCUUUGAAGGAUAACUUUGUGGAGAAGAAAUCCUGCCUUGUGGAGGGUUUUGUUCUGAUGGAAGCCUGGGUGGUGGUGGCUGCAAAUUGUAGGAACCCUCAUAACUCAUUUGGGGAUUAUCAACUCUUGUAGUAUUUGUUGCUGCUGGAGAAGGAAUUCCACCAGGAGAUGUUUGGAUCUGGUGCCUUAUAUACCCCUGUGUAGGGCCUUCAUCUAGGUUUCUUGACUGAGAAUAAGCAUCUUCUGCAGGGGACCUUUCAGGAGAAUGACUCGCCCUUUCUACCUUUGGAUUUGGCUUGAAUUGGUCUUGGUUUCUAGGAUCUUGAAUCUAAGGGAAGAGUUGGGAAAGAAGGUUUUCUAAAUAUGAAGGAAGCAGGUCAGGUACAGCUUAGCAUACAUGCAGUGAAUAAAGACACUCUUAAUUAAAGAUUAACAAGGAAUGCCUUUUGCUCUUGCUUUAAGCAAGAAUAGUUCCACAUGGUUGUACAAAACAAGCUUAUGGAUCAUUUUCUUCUGCACGGCCAGGUAUGCCAUCAAUUAUAAUCCUCUCUGUCGAGAUGUUAUUAAUUUUUCUUCUGCAAUGACUAGUCUUCCAAAAAUGGAGAAUGCCUAACUAUUGUUCAUUGCACUUGAACAUAGAACCUCUAUGAGUCUUGGUGGCUCCAAUUCCUAGCCCAAGGGUCAAAAAGAAUAUUUUUCCUCUUUCUUAAGGUUCACUAAUUUUUUUUCAAAUUGGAGGCAAUAUAUUAUUAUUAUUAUU